GGCGGCGGCGGGCGGCGGUAGGCGGCUGGAGAUGUGGCUGCUCCUGCUGCUGCUGCCGCCCUUGGUGGCGGCUCGGCUGUACCGGGCCGGGGAAGACCCGCUGACCGUGCUGACGGCAGGCUCGGUGCGGCAGGCGCUGCUCAACUCCUCGGCCGCCUGGGUGGUGCAGUUCUACAGCUCGUCCUGCAGCCACUGCAUCGCCUUCGCCCCCACCUGGCGGGCCUUGGCCGGGGACGUCAAAGACUGGGAAUCUGCAAUUAGAGUUGGUGUGCUGGAUUGUGGGGAAGAGGAGAACUACGAGACGUGCAAAGAAUAUGGUAUUCACUACUACCCAACCUUUAGGUACUUCAAAGCAUUUACAAAACAGUUUACUACUGGAGAAAAUUAUAAAGCAGGAGCAGAUCGAGAGCUGCAAACAGUUCGCCAGAUGAUGGUUGACUUCUUACAGAACCAUUCCCAAGAGCUGAGGCCACCUGCUUGCCCACCACUGGAUCCAGUUUUGUCCAGUGAUGUCAUUUCUCUUCUUGACAAGAGCAGCCAACAUUACACUGCUGUUGUGUUUGAAAGUAAUAACUCCUACAUCGGACGAGAGGUUAUCUUAGACCUGAUCCUGUAUGAAAACAUCAUUGUAAAGAGAGCACUGAAUUUUGAUAAGCCUCUUCUUGAGAAACUUGGUGUUACCUCAGUCCCUUCAUGCUACCUGAUAUAUCCAAAUGGGUCCCAUGGGUUAAUUAACAUUUUGAAGCCUCUACGGUCUUUCUUUUCUUCGUAUUUAAAGUCACUGCCAGGUGUAAGAAAAAAACUUCUUUUGCCACUUCAGCUGCCUGCUCAGGAAAACAAAGAGGAGAAUACAGAAGUGAAAGUAUGGAAAGAGUUCAGUAAAUCCAAGCUGUACAUGGCUGACCUUGAGUCUGGAUUGCAUUACCUGCUCAGGGUAGAGCUGGCUACACACAAGACACUUGAGGGAGCCGAGCUAAAGACCUUCAAGGAUUUUGUUACCAUCUCUGCCAAGCUUUUUCCUGGUCGUCAGCCUGUGGUAAAGUUGUUAGAAACCUUGCAAGAGUGGCUGGUGAGCCUUCCAUUAGACAAAAUCCCUUAUGAUGCUAUCCUAGAUCUGGUCAACAACAAAAUGCGGAUUUCAGGGAUAUUUCUCCCUAAGAAAGUCCAGUGGGUCGGAUGUCAGGGCAGCAGACCAGAGCUGAGAGGAUAUACCUGCUCCCUUUGGAAGCUGUUCCAUACCCUGACGGUUCAAGCCGCACUGCUACCGAAAGCUUUGAUAAAUACAGGUUUUGAAGACAACCCUCAAGUAGUUCUUCAGAUCAUGCGGAGAUACAUUCACCACUUCUUUGGAUGCCAGGCUUGUGCUCAGCAUUUUGAGGAAAUGGCCAAAGAGUCCAUGGAUUCUGUGAAAACCUUGGAUGAGGCUGUUCUCUGGCUCUGGGAGAAGCACAACGUGGUGAAUAACAGGCUUGCAGGUGAUUUGACUGAAGAUCCAAAAUUUCCCAAAGUUCAGUGGCCUACUCCAGACAUUUGUCCUGCAUGUCAUGAAGAAGUGAAAGGAUUACACAGCUGGAACAAAGCCCAGGUCCUGCAGUUCAUGAAGUAUCACUAUAGCAGUGAAAAUAUUCUAUAUAAAUACACUGAAAGCCAGACUGGCUCCAGUGAAACAGAACAGGGAGAUAAAAGGCAGGGGAAAGACAAAAGCCUGCAGAAGAAGCUGAGUGACAACAGAGAAAACAAGACCCAGGACAGAGAGAAGCCACUCGAUUCGGGAUCCAGGGCGUUAGAGAAGCCGAGAGCAAAUCGCGGACCUGUCAGAGACAGCGACAAAGGCGCAGCUGGAUCAGCCAGCCUUAAAGAGACCAAGCAGGCUGUGUUCUUCUUGGGGAUUGGCUUUUCCAACCUGGACAUGAGUCUGUGUGUCAUCCUCUAUGUUGCAUCAUCCUUGUUCCUGAUGGUCAUGUACUUUUUUUUCCGAAUGAGGUCGAAGCGGUGGAAAGUGAAGUAUUAUCGCUCGUCUGUCUAGAGGUUUAAACCAGGACCCGAGUUUUCAUUGUACGUGGCUGUUCAGUACCAGAUGCAGCUUUAAUAUUUAUGAUCAGGGAUUUUAUAUGCAGUAUUCCUUGUUUUGAAACCCUUCCUUCCCAAGUCAUUUCACAAGUGUUCUAGCUUGAUAUGUGGAGCUAUAAGAACCCUGCUCUGACUGAGGUGCACAGAGCUGUUGUACCGUGACCCCUGAAGGAAGCUUUGCAUCUUUCAGUUAAGACUUUUUCCAUGACUUACCACCUCCAUCCUUUACUCAUUUUCAGAGUACACAUUGCAUUAUGCAAUCAGCUGUGCCUGCUUUAGAAAGAAAUUGGAUAUUGGUCUGUGUACUUCAGGUUUUGGGUUUUAAUUUAUCCAGAGCUGAUUUUUACCUCCCAGAGUACUGAACGGUUUAUGCUAUUACCUUGGCUGCUUCAUUUGGAGAAGCAAGAUUUCUGAUGGUAUUUUUCCUUCUUUUUUUAUUUCAGGAAAUAAGAGUUCUGUUUUGAUUAAAUCCAUUCCAAACCUCUGUGACUUUCUGAAAUGUUAUUUACACUGCAUAUUUAAAGGAGAAAGCAUUACAUGUUCAAGUAAGUCUUCCAUUCUCCCGUGUGUUCCAGCAAGAGAUUGUAUGCACCAGGAGGUGUAUGCCUCUACUGGGAGGAGAGUUUGGGGGUAAUUUGCAUCUCUUUUGUGUCAUAAGCACCCUGAUCUUGACUGCUAGUGCUGUCAUCCAGUUUAGCAGGGUUUAGAUGUGAGCAAGGACCAACUGAAGCCUGGUGCUCUACUUGCUUCUCUGUUGGAUGCAUUAGAUAACUUGCCUCAUUCAUCCACCAGUAAACUAGCUGAGUAAUUAUUGUUAUCCAUCUGGAAGUCAACUCUGGUGAACUCUAGUAAAAGGAAACCGUGUUUAGUGAAGGACAAGGAGAUGUGCAGCAUGGACAGAGCUGGAAGUACCAAAUUCCUUGUGAUGAUCACAGUGUGAUCCUACAAUAAUGAUGUUUUUCUCAUGAGGAUUACAGUACAGUAUUUUUCUUCUUCUGAGGUGGAGUAAACACUUCACUUGGCCUUUCCAGUUCUGACCUCACAGAGAGUAUCACCUGCAUGCUGUGGAGUUGUCUGUGCAGUCCUGGGGAGGGCAGCCCACUUCUGCCCUUCUGAUGGAGUGCUCCUCUCUUUGGGUCAAGGAGAGUUUAACUGCUGAUUAAGUCCAAGAGCUGCUCUACUGGGAUGUGGCACCAUUGCCUUUAUGGAUCUGUCUGGGGUCCUGGCUGGCAGCAGUUAGAAGCAAGCAUGAGAACAGUUGCAGAAUUACCCUUUGGAAUAGGAGUCCCAUUCUGAUGCUGGCUGGGGGAGAUAAUUCAGGUCCUGGAUAGUGAAGUUUAUAAUCCUAUCCAAUGUAAUUGAGCAUGUUCUAGUUAUCCAUUACCUAAUCUUUAGUUAAUCCUAAUAGGUUUUGGCCUCAAUGUUUUCUUGUGGCAGUGAGUUCUACAGAUUAAUUAUGUUAUAUAAAAUGGCUUUUCCUUUCAGUUCUACAUUUGCAACUUGUAAUUUAAUUGAAUAUUCACUAGCUCUGCUGGUGGGUGAGAAGGAAUAAAUAGUCCCUGGCCAAUUCGUUACAUUGAUACCAUUCAUGUCUCCUCCUCUUAUUUCUGUCCCAAGCCCUUGCAUAAAAAGUGCAAAGCCUAGCAGUAAGGAGUCUGAAAGCACAAAUAUUCCACAGGGAUAUUUUUUCAUAAUCAAAUCCUGUUUGUUCACAGAGCUGACCAGUUCUGACAGGAGCUUCUGAAGCUUCCACUUGGAAUAACAAAACUCAGCCUCAAAGAUUAACUGUCCCUUGUUGCUUAAGUUUGUCACAGUAACACACACACAAAGGAGUAACCUUGUGUGGUGGUCAUAAACGUGUCAAAGGAGCAAACCUCCCUUCACAUACUGCUGUCAGUCUGGUGUGCAUGAAGAGGGGCACUUGUGGUGGUUUUCUCAAACCUCCUUCACUGCUGUCCACACUCAGUGGGCUCUUGCUCCAGUGUGAGAACUUUGGCUCUGCUUUCUCCAUGAAGCUGGAGCCAGUUCCAGCCUUCUGCCAUGUGCUGCCCCAUGGAGCCAAGAGGUGCCAGCAGCACCUGCAAGCAGCUGCUGCUGCCUGUGAUCCAGCAAGAAAACUUCUCUCUUUUAAAUUGAACAUUAAAUCUGUGACAUGAAGUUUGUGCUUCUGGAGGACCCUUGCUGUUCAAGGGUACUUGGACGAGGAGCCAUCAUGGAUCUGUUUAGGUAUUUGUAAAGUCUUUGUAAAUACCUUUGUAGUACCAGAGCUUGAAUAUUGAAUCAACUUGCAAGUAACUAGAAAAAUGGAGAACCAGUGGUGGAGAGUGGUCUAGGCUGGCUUGUCAGUGCUACUGGCUUUGUGCUGGCCCAGGAGAAGGAGAGUUAAGAGUUUAGAAAUCUAGUUCUGGAAAUCAGGUAGUUUUUAAGUGACCUAAUUUAUGGAGAUGCUGAUACCAGGCAAGAAGAAAUGACACUGAGCUCUUCAAAAAAGCCACCCAAACACCAAAACCCCAAACUAAAGCAUGACAGGUGUUGGGUGUGGAGAACAUGGGCAGUUUCUGUGGGACUUCAGUUGCCAACUGCCAGUAUUGUUGCACCUUUUGAAGAUGCAGUCAGUCAUUACUGUGGUGGUUUAGAACUCUGCCUAAUAUGGAGAUCUUGGGAGGUUUGUGAGGAUGAUUUUGCCAUUAAAACAGCAGCAAAUGGGGAUCUGGAAUACAGUGUAAGUUUUUGCUACACAUCAUUAACUUUCCGGUUGCUUUGACCCUGCUGGAAAUGACAAAAUGAACCAAUACCAACCCUCAGUGUCCCUUCUUUGUUGUUUCUUAAGAGUGUAAAAGCGUGAGGCAAGGAUGUUGAGUAUCCAUGGUGCUCUAACCCUGCUGCCAGCUGACUGGCCAAGGCUUACCCUUCAAUGCUGGUAGCGACCUCAUCUGGGAAAGUUUUCAGUUGUUUUAGCUGUUGGUUUGCUUGUGCUUAUUUUGUGUCUUCAUAAUGACAAAUGACAUCAUUCUGUGUGUCCUGACUGUAAAGAUGCAGCACAUCUGCUGGGGAGUGUGUGAUGCUGCUUUGCCGUGGUGCGUCGUUGGUGGCUGAGCUACACCAAGUGUUUCCUUCUAAAACCUGCCUCAAACCACCAUCUCCUCGCUCUUGGAAGUGUUAUUUGUGCGUUGCAUUGCACCACUAAAAGUUUCCACAGUGCCUCCUUCACCUGUGCAACUGGGGGCUGUCGUUUCCAAGCAGGAUUUUGCCGCCCUUUGUAACCCAUGAACACUACUUCGCUCUUCAGAGCUUUUUUAAUCUAUGUAGAAAAGAAAGGUGAAACGUACCAAGGAGAGAAAGCAGUUACAAGUGCUAAAGAAACCCUAAUCAAGGCGUUCUGAAAUGUACCAGGAGAGAAAGAAAAGCUACAAGUGCUAAAGGAACCCUAAUCAAGUCGUUCUGAAAUGUACCAGGAGAGAAAGAAAAGCUACAAGUGCUAAAGGAACCCUAAUCAAGUCGUUCUGAAAUGUACCAGGAGAGAAAGCAAAGCUACAAGUGCUGAGGAAAUCCUAAUCAAGCUGUUCUGAUAUGUGCCGGGAGAGAAAGAAAAGCUACAAGUGCUAAAGAAACCCUAAUCAAGUUGUUCUGGUAUGUACCAGGAGAGAAAGAAAAGCUACAAGUGCUAAAGAAACACUAAUCAAGUUGUUCCUCAGAAUUCUUGGUUUUGCAUUUCCAGUGGUGUGUGCAUUAUCCAUCCUGUCCUUCCUGCAACAACCAUCCUAGCAGGAGGUCCCCCAGGUGUCUCUGGGUCUGUGGGCAUUGUUUUCUGAGAUGUACAAAUAGUGAAAGCAGCAUUUCAGUGACUUAAAUGCUUUAUUUAUUUCCAUUCAAUCACUUGACAUUUCCCAGUCUGUGCUGGUUUGGUUGGUUCGGUUUGCAAUCGGUCUCAUACCUCUCCAGGCAAGAAGAGGAACUGUUUUGUACUAAACUGGUAACUGAUGUGCUUGUUUAAAAUAAAUGGCAAAGCAUUUGGGCAA